AUGGCUUCAGUUGUCUUCCCAGCUAUCGGGACUGGGAAUCUUGGCUUUCCUAAAGAUCUGGUGGCCAGAAUCAUGCUGACAGAAGUCCAGAAAUAUAAGCCUACAAACCUUCGAGAGGUAACUGUGAUUGUGCACCCUUCUGACAAGGAGAGUGUAGAGUGCUUUACCAGCGUCUUUAGACAAGGGAUUCAGGGUCCCAUCACAAAAGGAGCACAUCGACAUGUCAUGCCAAAAAUGAAUAUUUCUAGCAAAUCAGCUCAGACCUCUGAGGUUAUUGGCAAAGUCUCCUCUCCCUCUCUCGGGGUGCACACUAUGCAGCUGGGUCAAGUGACUCUGGAGGUUUCAUCAGGAGACAUAACUAAAGAAAAAACUGAUGCCAUCGUCAACUCCUCAAAUCAGACAUUUUCUCUGAAAGCAGGAGUAUCCAAGGCCAUUUUAGAUGCAGCUGGAGUACAAGUGGUACAAGAAUGUUCACAGAUUGGUCAGGGUGGUGCAAAACCAGCUGGUGUUGCAGAUGCAAUGGUUGAUGCAGUUGUCGACUUUGUAAAGAAAAAGAAACCAGUGCACGUAAAGUUUGUGAAAUGUCUUAUAUUCCAGACAAACAUGGUGGCAGACUUCCACCAAAGCAUGGUCAGAAGAUCUGGUGAGAAAGUAGAGGAGGAUAAAGGUCUGCUUACCAAAAUUAAAGAUACUGUUCAUCAUUUACUUUGGGGGGAAAGUUCAGAAUCUUCCAAAAAUGAAGAGUUUGUGAUGGUCGGUGAAGAAGUUGAGCCAGUUGUGUUUCAACUGUGUGGUGAGACACCAAAGGACCUGAGUGAAGGCAGGGACAUGGUCAACAGUUUGAUAUUACGGGAGCAUGUGACCAUCCCAAUCCAUGAUCCAGCCAUUGCUCAUUUCACCAGGGAGGAUGUAGAAACGCUGAAUGCCAUGCAGAGAGAGCUCACAGUCAGUGUCCGGCUUGAGAAGAAAGGCCAAGACUCUGUCAUAACACUGGAGGGCCUGACAAGAGACGUUCAGAUUGCAGACAGUCACAUUCGGGACAUGAUCAGAAAGGUGGAAAGGAAUGAAAUCCGAAGAAGUGAGGCAUUUUUAAUCAGCAGUAUAGUUAGUUGGCAAUAUCAGGAGAAUGGACACAGCCCCAAAACCUUUGAUAUGUUGACCAAUUAUGAGCUGGAACAGGCCUUUCGGAAGAGACAGUCUACAGUGAGAAUCAAGAUUAAUAAUGAUGAAUAUGAGGCUAAUUUAGCUCGCAAUGAGGCCACAAGAAGAGGAAUAAGGAUUGAACUGAACAGAGUAGAUCUGCAAGCUUCAGCUGCUGCUCAAAGCCCUUUGCCUUCACACUGGAAGGACAUGAAAGGACAGGCAGUUGUUCUUGUAAAACUCACAGCAGGCUCAAAGGAAUAUGCAGAAGUGGAGAAGGAGUUCAGGAGAACCAAUCUAAACUCUAAAAUCAUUGAAAUUGAAAGAGUUCAGAACAGUGCACUUUGGAAAAACUACAUGAUAAAAAAAGAGGAACUGGAAGACAAAAACAAGCACAAAAACAAUGAAAAGCGUCUCUUCCACGGCACUGGCCCUGAUAAGACAGAUCAGAUCAACAAUCACGGCUUCAAUCGCAGCUUCGCUGGCAUGCAUGGAGCCAUGUAUGGGAAUGGUUCAUAUUUUGCUGUGGAUCCACAUUACUCAGCCCAAGGCUACUCUGCACCUGAUGCCAAAGGACAUAAACGCAUGUACCUUGUCAGGGUGCUUGUUGGUGAUUUCACUCAAGGAAAAAGAGGCCUUCCUGUUCCCCCUGCGAGGAGCUCCAAUAGAGCUGAUCUCUAUAACAGUGUGACUGAUAACACGAGAAACCCAACCAUGUUUGUGAUCUUCAAUGAUGUACAGGCUUAUCCAGAAUACCUAAUCACCUUCCAGUAAUGAUUAUGAGAUUUAAGUGUUUUGACAUUUAUUGUUUUUGUUGUUGUUUUACAUGGAUUUGGUGAAGCUGAACAC